AUGACGACGCCUGCAAUUCGCAUUCCCUUUACGGGUCCACUUCCGCCAGCCAUAAUAGUUCCACCGUCUGCCAGGACUGUGGACGGGGCUAUUAAAGCCGUCGCUGACUUGCGAGGCAUUGACGUUGGAGGAAAUGCCCAAACGGUCUUACUGACGGGUGCUGGGAUUUCGGUCGCAUCAGGCCUGUCAGACUAUCGGGGGGAUCAAGGCACCUAUCGACGAAAUCAAUCCUACCGACCGAUCUAUUUCCAUGAAUUCCUGUCCCAUCAUGAGUCCCGCAAACGGUAUUGGGCGCGAAGCUUCGUGGGGUGGCCAGGUCUGGUGAAGGCACGGCCAAAUUCAACCCAUCAGGCCAUUCAUGACCUCGCUGUCAAAGGAUAUAUCAGCUCGGUUGUGACACAAAACGUCGAUUCCUUCCACUCGCUUGCCCAUCCAGAGCUAUCGACGCUCGAACUACAUGGAUACCUACGAUCGGUCGUCUGUACCAGUUGUCGUAAUCAAUUCCCUCGAGCAGAUUUUCAGUCGUCCUUGGAAAGGCUAAACCCCGCUUGGGCCGAAUUCCUGGCCCGCAUGGUUGAGCAGGGUGCGCUUGAUACAACCAAUGCGGACGAACAACGGCGCAAGGGUUUGAAACUGAACCCAGACGGCGAUGUAGAUCUUGCGGAAGCGCCUUAUUCUACAUUCCGAUAUCCGUCCUGUCCGACCUGCUUAGAGGACCCUCCGAUCCUGAAAGAUGGGACGAGGGCCCAUGUCCAAGUUGAGCACGACGGUGCAUGGAUGCUGCCAUCCAAUGCUGGGAUCUUAAAGCCUGCUGUGACUAUGUUCGGAGAGAAUAUCAACCCAGCAGUCAAAGCAGCUGCUGAGGAAGCUAUCGAUGAUGCCGGGCGCAUACUGGUUCUUGGGAGCAGCUUGGCGACCUACUCGGCGUGGCGCUUAGUAGAACGGGCCUACAAACGAGGCAUGCCCAUUGGAAUUAUCAAUGUCGGUGGGGUCCGAAAUGAGGCCAUGCUGUUUGAAAGCCUGGAUGCCACUUCAAGUGCUCAUGUGCGGUGCAGUUUUCCUACACAGUCGGUUCUACCAGCCGUGGUGUCUGAACUGCCCCGAAUUACAAUGUAG